AAUCCUUUACAGCAAAACAAUAUUUAAUUAUUCAUCAGAGGAUUCAUACAGAGGAAAAGCCAUUUAUGUGUUCAGAAUGUGACAAGAGCUUCUCACGAAAGGGUGAACUUAUUCAGCAUCUGAGGAUUCACACAGGAGAGAAGCCAUUUAUGUGUUCAGAAUGUGACAAGAGCUUCUUACGAAAGGGUCAUCUUAUUCAGCAUCUGAGGAUUCACACAGGAGAGAAGCCAUAUCAUUGUUCUGAAUGUGAUCAAAAAUUUUCCCACCAAACUUCGUUUAUUGAACACAAGAUGAUUCACACAGGAGUAAAGCCAUACCAGUGUACUGAAUGUGACAAAUGUUUUUACAAAAAAUCAAAUCUCACAAGUCAUCAGAGGAUUCACACAGGAGAGAAGCCAUUUAGAUGUUCAGAAUGUAACAAGUCAUUCUCAAUGAUGUCCAGUCUUUAUAUACAUCAGAGGAUUCACACAGGAGAGAAGCCGUAUCAGUGUACUGAAUGUAACAAGUGCUUUUCAGAAAUAUCUCAUCUUAUUCGACACACAAGGAUUCACACAGGAGAAAAGCCACAUCAAUGCUCUGAAUGUAAUAAAUAUUUUAGUAAUAAAUCUGAUCUUAGGAAACAUCAGAGGAUUCACAUAGGAGAGAAGCCUUUCAGAUGUUCAGAAUGUAAUAAAUGUUUUAGAAAUAAAUCAAAUCUGAUCGAACACCAGAGGAUCCACACAGGAGAGAAGCCAUUCAGAUGUUCAGAAUGUAACAAGUCAUUCUCAGUGAUGUCCAGUCUUUAUACACAUCAGAGGAUUCACACAGGAGAGAAGCCUUUCCGAUGUACAGAAUGUAACAAGUGCUUUUCAGAAAUAUCUCAUCUUAUUCGACACACAAGGAUUCACACAGGAAAAAAGCCACAUCAAUGCUCUGAAUGUAAUACAUAUUUUAGUAAUAAAGCUGAUCUUAGGAAACAUCAGAGGAUUCACAUAGGAGAAGAUGUUCAGAAUGUAAUAAAUGUUUUAGAAAUAAAUCAAAUCUGAUCGAACACCAGAGGAUCCA